GUGUGUGCAGUACAUUUAGCAGCAAGACACCGAGUCAGUAGCACUGUCCACUCACCUCUAGAACUGUAGUCAUUGUAGAUUAUAUAUUUUCUUUUUAGGUUGAUUGACAAGUCGUUUUUUUUGGUCAAACCACUGCUAGCAUGUCCAAACAUAGAAACCAGGACAUGGAGGACAUAAAUGAGGAAGACAUAGAUGAAGACGAUAUCCUGGCUAGUCUGUCUCCUGAGGAACUUACAGAACUCCAGAAAGAGAUGGAUGUUUUGGCUCCAGAUGAGAAAGUACCGCUUGGUCAGAGACAGAAGGACCAAAAGAAGAAAGACAAGCCAGAUUCUGAUGAUGAGGAAGACAUUGAUGAAGAUGAUAUCUUGGCACACUUGUCUCCUGAGGAGCUGAAAGAGCUCCAGAAAGAGAUGGAUGUUAUAGCCCCAGAUGAGAGGGUGCCGGUGGGUCAGAGGCAGAAGAGCCAGACAGAGAAGACGCCCACGGGCUCAUUUGACCACAGGGGCCUGGUAGACUAUCUAUACUGGGAAAAGGAGUCCAAACGCAUGCUAGAGGAGGAGAGGGUCCCUGUCAUCCUACUGGCCAGUAAGAAAACUAUGGAAGAGGAUGCUGAAAAAAAAGAAAACCGUAAAGACGUAGAGACUGUGUAUGAGGAGAUGGAAGAAGUAAUCGAAAUGGAAGCUACAGACGGUGUUGAACGAGAGGAAGAGAUAGAGGAGAUCAUAGAAGAAAUGAUAGAAGACAAGGAAGAGGAUGUAAAAAGGGAGUUAGAAGAGAAUGAGAACAAUGACAUAGCCAUAAAAGAGGAAAGGGUCACAGAAGAACAUGAAAAUCCAACGAAUGAACAUUUAAAAGAGUCAUCUGAAAACAAAAGCACAAACACUGUAAACACUGCCAGCUCCCUGCAAGCUUCUCCUGGGUUUGCAGACAUGAAAGAGGAGAAAGAGACUGAAAGCACAGAACAGAAAAAUAUCCCAUCAGAAAUACCUGAGAUGACUCCAGAGGAGAAGAGGGCAUGUUUUGUCCCAGAGAAAGAGGUUAGGGUAAUAAACAAACUCAAUAUUCCAAAGCUGGCCCUUGGUGGGGCCCUUGGUGGGGCCCUUGGUGGAGGCCUUGGAGGCCUUGGUGGGGCCAAAAAGACAUCAAGGCCUUCAGGGAAUGAGACAAACCUGGAAACCACCCUAGAUAAAAUACGCAACAACAACCCUGCUGUCACAGACAUAAACCUGAACAACAUAGAAAACAUUCCCAAAGAAAUGCUUUUAGACUAUGUUGAUGCCUUGAAGAAGAACAAACAUGUCAAGUCGUUCAGCAUAGCCAACACUGGUGCAGACGAAAACAUUGCAUUCAUGUUGGCCAAAAUGCUGAGAGAGAACCGCAGCAUCACCACCUUGAACAUAGAGUCUAAUUUCAUAACAGGGAAGGGAAUCGUUGCCAUUAUCCGUUGCCUCCAGUUCAACGAGACCCUCACGGAGCUCCGCUUCCACAACCAGAGACACAUGCUGGGCCACCACGCAGAGAUGGAGGUGGCGCGCCUGCUCAAGGCCAACAACACCCUCUUAAAGAUGGGCUACCACUUUGAGCAGGCAGGACCCAGGAUGGUGGUGACUAACCUCCUGUCCAGAAACCUGGACCGCCAGAGACAGCAGAGGAAAGAGGAGCAAAACAAGCAGCAGCAGAAGGAGCAGAAGGAGAUGUUGGAGAUGUAUGAGCGUGCACUGAACCUGCCCCCUGGGCUGCUGUCGAUGCUGGGUUACAUCCCUCCUGAAAUUGCUGCCCUCGUGCCGCAGCUUUCCCAGGGUCCACAGGUUCCCGCAAAGCUUAAUCCAGAGCCCUCCUCCACAGCUGAGCAGCGUCAAUGCAAGCAGGUUAACCACACAGCCCAGUGCAACCGCAUUCUACCACAAGACCCCAGUACAGACUCGUCUGGUAACCCUCUGAGGAACAUCCAGCUGAAGAGAACUCCCAAAAAGCGUGACCCUUUUCUUGAUCUGGACCAUCGGGAGGAGAGGAAAACGGAGAGGCUGAACGUCCAGCUCAGGAAGACAACAGGAAAACAAAAGGACACGAGCGUUGAUGAGAUGGUAGAACUGAAGGCCACGCUGAAAGAUGUGAUGAAGACACUGAAGCCUGUCCCUCGGAGGCGGCAGCCACCCAAGGUGGAUUUGACACCCCGUGAUGAACUUCUUAACGAGAUCAAAAAAAGCAAUGUGGCCUAUCUGAAAGCUGUGCCACUCCCAAAAGAAUUGGAAUCUAGAGAAACCAGUCUCUUCAAUCUCUGAGCAAUCUGAAACACCUUCAGACAGCUGUUUGUUCUUCGUGUUUACUCUUUUUUCAUGUGUAUUUGCAACCAUGUAACCCCAGAAAAAACCUGCUCAACUAACAAUAGUCAGCUUCCCCAAAUGGUCUGCCAGAGUACUCCUGGUCAGACACAACACUUUUUGCUCCUUUAGGUUUGUAACUUGAAUGUUACUUGAGAUAUACUCCAUACAAUGUGCAUAUUAUAAGUACAGCAGUUUAAAAUGAAGAAUGUCUAUGAAUAAAUAAUUAUAACUGAGUGAAAUUCAA